AUGGAGGUGGCCGAGGAGCCGGAGAAGCCUCCGGGCGGCAAGAGCAAGGAUCCCAACACCUACAAAGUGCUCUCCCUGGUACUCUGUGUCUGUGUGUUAACGACAAUCCUAGGAUGUAUAUUUGGCCUGAAGCCUAGCUGUUCAAAAGAUGUGAAAACCUGCAAAGGUCGCUGCUUUGAAAGGACCUUUGGAAGCUGCCGUUGCGAUAAAGAUUGUGUCAAGCUUGGAAACUGCUGCUUAGAUUACCAGGAAACAUGUAUACAACCAGCCCACAUAUGGACCUGCAAUAAAUUCAGGUGUGGAGAAAAGAGGCGACUAGAAUAUCGUUGUUCCUGUUCAGAUGAUUGUGUGGAAAACAACGAUUGCUGUGUUAAUUAUCAAGCUGUUUGUAAAGGAGAGGCAAGCUGGGUUGAAGAAGAGUGUGAGAACAUUACUGAACCUCAGUGUCCGAAAGGAUUUACCAAGUCUCCAGUGUUACUAUUUUCAUUGGAUGGCUUCAGAGCGGAAUAUUUGCAGACUUGGGGUGGACUUCUACCUGUUAUUAGCAAAUUACAGAAAUGUGGAACAUACACUUCCAGUCUGAGACCAGUGUAUCCUUCAAAAACCUUUCCCAACCAUUACUCCAUUGUCACAGGGCUGUAUCCUGAAUCUCAUGGUAUAAUUGAUAACAAGAUGUAUGACCCCAAAAGAAACGCAUCCUUCACCCUUAAAAGUGAGGAGAAGUUUAACCCACAGUGGUACCAAGGCCAGCCUAUUUGGCUCACAGCCAUGUACCAAGGGCUGAAAGCAGGGACCUUCUUCUGGCCUGGGUCUGAUGUAGCAGUGAAUGGAACCUUUCCAAACCUGUAUGAAAUAUACAAUAGCUCAAUCCCCUUUGAAGAAAGAGUGGUGACUGUCCUUCGCUGGCUGCAGCUACCUGAAGAUGAAAGACCACACUUUUACACUCUGUAUUUAGAAGAACCAGAUUCCUCGGGCCAUAAGUUUGGACCAGUAAGCAGUGGAGUCAUUAUGGCAUUACAGAGAGUGGACAAAAUAGUAGGGAUGCUGAUGGAUGGUCUAAAGCAAAUGAACUUGCAUAAAUGCCUGAACAUUAUUUUUAUAUCAGAUCAUGGGAUGGAAGUAGGGAGCUGCAGAAAAACAGCAUAUCUGAACAGCUAUCUCGAUGAUGUCCAAGAUUUCAUAGUUGUACCCGGUCCUGCAGCUCGCCUAAGACCUAAUAAUGUUCCAGAUGAGUAUUUCUCUUUUAAUUAUGAAGGCAUUGUCAGAAACCUCACGUGCAUAAAACCAAACCAGCCUUUCAAAGCUUAUAUGAAGCAGCUGCUGCCCAAGCGUUUCCAUUAUUCCUAUAAUGACCGGAUUGAACCGCUGCACUUUUAUUUAGACUCCCAGUGGCAGCUUGCUCGAAAACCACUUGAGAUUAAAAGCUGCAAAGGUGGAUUCCAUGGCUCAGACAAUCGCUUCCCCAAUAUGCAGGCUAUCUUUAUUGGUUUUGGACCAGGAUUCAAGUUUGGUACUCAAGUUGAUCCAUUUGAAAACAUUGAAGUAUACAAUUUAAUGUGUGAUUUGCUUGGUGUGAAGCCAGCCCCAAACAAUGGAACUCAUGGACGCCUAAACCAUCUAUUAAAGCACCCUGUUUACACCCCGCACCAUCCCAAAGAAACCAGUCAUCCUUCUGAAUGCUCUGUGGUAGGAGAAAGAGCCUUUUCAGUGAGCCUUGGCUGCUCCUGCAGGACAGGGGGCUUGCCAAUAAGGGAUUUUCAUCAGCGUUUAAAUCUUACUGAUACAGAAGAGAAACUUAAUUUACCCUACGGACGGCCCAGGGUUCUGCAGAAAAAACAUAAUUACUGCCUCCUUUACCAAUACCGCUACGUGAGCGGGUACAGCAGGGACUACAGGAUGGCUCUGUGGAGCACGUACACUGUUGGCAGAGAUGACAAAUGGAUUUCUUCUACAGGAGCUGCCUCCAACUGUUUACAUAAAGAUGUUCGUAUUUCACAGAAUCAUAACCAGACCUGUUUGUUUUACGACAAUCAUCCUCGCCUAACUUAUGGAUUUCUUGCUCCUCCAAAUUUUAUGACAGAUGCAAAGAAACCUCACUAUGAUGCCUUGCUUACCAGCAACAUUGUGCCAAUGUAUCCUGAAUUUAAAGUGUUAUGGAACUACUUCCAUCAACACCUCCUGCCUGAAUAUGCUGCAGCCAGGAAUGGUGUCAAUGUAGUCAGUGGUCCAGUGUUUGAUUAUGACUCUGAUGGGCUCUAUGAUACCCCAGAAAAGUUGAAAAGAUACCGUGUUAAUUCAGAAGUUCUAGUUCCAACUCACUUCUUCAUUGUGCUGACUAGCUGUAAAAAUACUUCUGAAACUCCUCUGGAGUGUGAAGGUUCUCUAGAUGCCUUGUCUUUCAUUGUACCUCACAGAGAAGACAACAGUGAAAGCUGUGCAGAUGGCAAGUCUGAGUCCAUGUGGGUUGAAGAGAGAAUGAAGUUUCAUACAGCUCGGAUCAGAGAUAUAGAAUUAAUUACUGGGCUCAGCUUCUAUCAAGACGGAAAACAGCCAAUAUCUGACAUUUUACAGUUAAAAACAUAUUUGCCAACUUUUGAGACAGUCUGAUUUUUCCUAUGGAAUGUUUUUAUUCAUGUCACAACUGAUUUGUAAAUAGACAUUUUUUUAAUUACCAAAAUCUUUUUUUAAAAAAUAAGCUGGAACUUUUAUUGAGAACUCUUGACCAAAUUGCCAGUAGAGAGGAGAGUGGGUGCCAUAUUUGUAUCUCAGGGACUCCUGAUGGACUAUGCUUGUGACACAGGAUGGCAGCGCCUGUCAUUCCCACUUGGAUGUGGUGGAACCAUGUCCAUUAUCAUGCUAAGAUCAUUUGGUCAUCAUAGUCAUAGACACGAACACAAAUGUUAUCUUUGAUAUGCACUGGAGAGGGAGAAUUUUAUAAAGCAUAGUUUAUGAUCAGCAUUCUACUUUCAAAAUGCAGGCAAUUAGCAAAUACCA